AUGACUUCCAUUGUUACGAGUAUCUUAAGCUCAACCGUAGGCUUGUUAUGGAACAAUGCUCGGGACUCGACUGCGGCUAAACUAAAGGACGGCGACGUUACGGAUGCAAAAAUUCGAGAGAUUGUCGUGAGAGAGUUGAACGACAUCAAGACAAAACUUGAUGGUCUUUCACGCAAAGAUCUGCUCAGCAGCUACCGCUUUCUGAAAGAAGGAGUAGAUUUCCUAAGUGUUUCUCUGGAUAAAUCAAAGCUGGAGCAGAAAGCUGUGAUGAACCCAACCCAACAAGAGCGAGGUGAAACAUCAAAAAUGUCGGACGAUGUCGAGUUUGGGAUCUUAAGCGCAGCUUUAGAACUUUCCCAAGCUAUGGGAAAGAUGAAAAUCCACUCUGAUAGAGAGUUUGAAUCCGCUAAAGAUAGAUUUAAAUAUGCCCGUAUAAGAGCAACCGAUGCUUUCUGCAAUGAGGCAUUAAACAUAAACGAUAGAAUCUUUGCCGCCAAAUUACGUAUUGCUUCUGAGAUACUGGAAUGUCUCGAUAGUCCUCAAACGGCCAUCACUGGGUGUCUGUCGUUUCUUCAAGAUUUACAUAGCUUACCAGCUAUCCGUGAGAUGUUCUCUGUUUAUCUCAAUGGCGGAAUCAAAUCGUUGUUGGGUAAAGUCGAACGUGUAGAAAACGUAAAAUCUGUGAUGCUGAUCAACUAUAUUUUGUUUAAUCUUAAUUUCAAAUUCAGUGGGACAUUUACUGACAGGGUAACAUGGACUGGCAUAAUUGAACUUACUGAUCGCAGUUUUAACCCGAUAUUAGAUUGGCAAGAGGUUUCGACAAGAAAGUCGAUGGGCGAUGAAUUGAGUCAAUCUCCCAAGCAGCUAAUACUUGAUUGCAAAAUAUAUCCGCGUUUAUCUGCUGUGGACAGUCAUGGGAAUGUGGUUAUUGGUGAGUUUGUGGGAGAUAAUAACAUCAAAGUGAUUUCGAGAACGACAGCAGAAAACAAGUUGGUCAAAUUACCAAAUUCUGAAGAAGGUAAAGUUUUCGACCAAGGUAUCGCAGGACUCGCUGUUGAUAAGAAUAACAACGUUUAUGUUGUUAGAUGGCUUAAAACACGUACAGAAAAUAGCGACGUGGAAAGUUACGUGCUGAAUGUGCUGGAUGAGAAUUAUAAUGUGAAACACGAUGCCAGAUUUGAUUUCUUUCAGGUUACAAGCCCAGGUCUAGAUGUGGUGUGGAUCACUAUAAACAGAAGCAAUAAUAUCAUCAUGUUCAAAGUCCGUGAUCUCCAUAUCUAUGUCUGUGACAACGUGGGACAAUUGAAACACAAGUUUGAACCAAACACCAUUGGCGUAACCAGGUUGGGUAUUUCAAAUAAAGAUGAAAUCAUGAUAUCCUCAAGUGAUAGCACGGCUGUUAACUUCUACUCCGAGGAAGGAAAUCUGAAGUCGACAACAACACUACCAGAAGGUCACACGGUUCAUGGGGUGGCAUUUCACUAUGUCAUUCGUAAAAUAAUUGUGUUAACUUAUGUCAAGGAAGAAUGUUCAUGUUUCCUUCUUUGUUACACUGAAACAGGGGAACUGGAGACCUCGACGAUCUUUUGCAAGCGCAGUAUCGAACUGUUGCCAUCCAUCACAUCUCAUCCAAGUGGUGCUGUUGCUGUCGUAAGAGAGGACUACAUCACGUUCAUCUAA